CAUGUCAACUGAACAUCGAUGAUGAAAUGCAUACGAUUGUGACAUGAUGGCUUGCAUGCUAUGAUGCGUAAGCAAUAGCUUGUUUGUGGGGAGGUAUAUAAAUCUGCUGGGGAAGCUUCAGCUUUUGUGCUUGAGCUCUGAUCUUAUCUUCAAACAUCAACAUCAACAACACAAAACACUCCCACCACAUACCAAACCAAGCAAAAUGUCUUUCUCUAACGCAAACACUGGCGAUGCCCCUGCCGAUCCUUACAAGAAGGCCAACGCCGAGGAGGUUCCCCUCCAGACCAAGAUUGAGGAUCUCGUCCACUUCAUCACCAAGGAGAAGUUUGGCAUGAUGACCACCCGGGGCUCAGGCUCUGGUAACCUUGUAUCUCGCUGCAUGGCGCUGGCUGCCACAGAGACUGGAGGUAUCGACCUUCUCUUCCACACCAACACGGAGUCUGGCAAGACCGACGACCUCGAUGCUGACCCUCACGUCAACGUUUCUUUCAUCAACGCCUCCGGAGAGUGGGCUUCCAUUGCUGGCAAUGCUAGUAUUAGCACAGAUCGAAGUCUUGUUUCCAAGCACUACAGCCCUACGCUCAAGGCUUGGCUUGGUGAUCUCGGUGACGGUGUCCAUGAUGGCUCCGAGAAUGAUCCUCGUAUCGGAAUCAUCCGCGUCAAGACAGUAUCGGUCACCUAUUCGCUCGUUUCCAAGAACCUGCUGAGCCGCGCUGCCGACAUUGCUUCCAGCGCCGUCACUGGCAAGCCUGCUUCGCCCAACACAUUGAGGGAGAUUUCGGAAGGGGAUGUGCGAUCUUGGCGCGCUUCGCGAGAGUAAUGUUCUGAAUAAUGUAAAUCUCGCUUGUACGAUAGGACUUUUAUCAAAGGCGAUACGAAUUCAUGACAAUAUUAGCAACCAUUCACAGCUGCUUUCCGUACUCAGCUUUCCAUAGCCUAUCCCACUUCUCCUUAUCAACCGCAAACUGUCGUACGUAGUCGAGCUCCAGCUCGUGUGUUCUUCGACCAAGGAGGACGAGACUGUGAAGAGGAGGCCCUAGUUCCUCGUCGGUAGAGCAAAGCUCCUCCAAAGUACCAGCCACGAACUUCUCCGUCUUACCUCCGACGCGAGCAGCGCCAAUGGCCAGACUGUCCUUGGUAUAGACACCCUCCUUACGCUCAUCCUCAAUCUCUAGCAUCUGUUGUGCACACUGGCCGACAGUCAUGUAGCGAGGAGGCUCGUAGACUAGACGACCUCGGGCCAUAUUCUCGAGACUCUGCUCCUUAACCUUGAUAUCUACCAAGACUAGCGUGUGUAAACCGAUUUGACGGUUCUCCUUUAUCCGAUCGUAGAAAGAUGCGGGCUUCCAUGUAUCAGUGAAGAAAACCAUGGACACGGUUUGUCCAAAGUUGUAGAGCUGCAGACCGCAUGCGCCGAUCCCGGACAUGAUGGAGGCGUUGGGAACGGUUCGGACAGGGAUUUCGAGUUCCCGCGCACGUAGAACGAGGUCCGUAUGAGUAGUGGCACUAUGAUGUAUCAGUAUACAGCUGUAAGUUGGAUCAGUAGAUCAUACCCGAAGGGAUCUCCAACAACAAGGAAUGCAACAUCUUCGUUCUGCGCAUUUCGGAGAAUCUCGUCGCUGUUUGACUCAACCAUCUCACGGUCAGCUACAGUGAUGGAUCGUCCAUAGUACGAUUCCUAGUAUAAUUAGCAUUGGCUCUUGGGUUAGGGAAUGGUUGCAUGUACCAAGACAGAUUGCUCGACAAGCAAAAUGCUAGUAUAAGCCUCCAGAUAGACCCUGGAGGCUUUCUUGACGACCUCAAGGCCCUUGACAGUAAUAUCUGUCUCGUCAGAGAGACCAAGUCCUACGAGGU